UACUGCCUUACUUAUUUAUGUAAAUAUAAUUCCACAUUAUAAAAUCAUGUUUUUUCCCAUUCCAGGUAGCACACCAACUCCUUCUGUAUUAGAAGGUCCAAGGAUAAUUUUUAAAUUCUGUCUCUUUUAAAUAUUAAGCAACCGAAAAUCGCUGGAAAUGCGUAAAUUCUCUGAACUAUUUUAUGGAGAAGGCAAGGAGAACUUUGAGACGAAUGAAUCAUUCGAACUCUUAUAUUGGAAUUGGACAUUUUUGGGCACUAGACUUGUUAAGCCGUACCGCGUACGAAACUUGAUGAGUUCAGCAUUUGCUUGGACUUGUUUGCUUACGAGUCCUUUGUUUUUUUUCGUUGGGAUCGCAAAGAUGGUCAAUACCUCAAGUAUGACAGAGUUGCUUACCCUCAUCCAAGCUGCGCUCAACGUAAUAACAUUACCACUCAAAACCAUCGUUAUCGCAUACUACAUGAAACGUUUGAGCAGCGUCAAACCAAUGUUCAAACGUUUAGAUGAACGCUACAACACACCCAGAGAACGUGAGCAGAUAAAGGAGAGCGUAAAAUAUUCUACGCGCAUAUUUGCAAUUUACUUCAUAGCUUAUUUUAUCUAUGGUACCAUGACAGCUUUGUUGGGGCUCACUCUCCAUUCUCAACCGCUAAACAGCUGGUUACCCUUCACCGAUUGGAUUCCAAUGCAGACAUUACGCUUUUGGUUACAUUUCUGUUAUGAGCAAUUUACGGUGUAUUUGCUAUUGUUAAAUCAAGUCUCUAACGAUGCCUAUGCUUGUGUGUACAUACAUGCACUGCGCACACACAUCAAUUUGUUGGCGGAACGCGUCAGUCGGCUCGGCACAAAUUCCGAGUUUGAUGAUGAGCAAAACUUUAAGGAAUUAAUCGAUUGUAUUGCUGCGCAUCAAGAACUACUGGAGAUCGUAAAGACGGUUGCCAACGUUUUUUCGUUAACAGUUUUCAUGCAGUUCACUGUUGCCGCUGCUAUCCUUUGCGUUUGUAUGCUAAACAUUUUCAUAUUUGCCGACACUUUUCACCAGGUGGUUACCGUUAUAUAUUAUAUGUGCGUUUCAUUACAAACUCUGCCCACUUGCUAUGAAGCUUCAAUGCUCGAGGCGGAGAGCGCUCAGUUGGCGUUGGCCAUUUUCCAUUGCAAUUGGGUGGACAUGGACAAGCGUUCACGCAAACUGCUCAUCUAUUUUAUACAACGCGCUCAAGAGGAGAUUUCCUUUACGGCACUUAAAAUAUUUCAAAUCAAUUUGCGAACCAAUUUGUCGAUUGCCAAGUUCUCAUUUACGUUAUACGCCUUCAUGAAUGAAAUGGGUUUCGGAGAAAAUCUUAAGGAUAAGAAAUGAAUCGCAGUAAUGACAAUUCUUAGAUUAUAUAUGUAUCCCUUUGUAGAAAUUUUAAGUAGUAUAAAGUAUUCUUUUCACAAUGUAGAAAUUUUGAAAUAAAUGAAAGCAAACA